AUGGAAAAAAAUUGUGAUUUUACCGGAAGUGACAAUGUAACCGAGCCUGAUCAUCCUGGAAUGGUUGCUAUAAACAGGUGCACGUGCAACCCGCCUCAUUAUGCUAAUUAUAAAAUGGCGGAAAGUAUUGUAAAUACAGCAAGGAAAGAAGCAGCUUUCGAAGUUUUCGAAUCGGAAUUCACAAGAAAUGG